AUGAAAUGCAAUACUGAUGAAAUAGAUUUGCAGAAGUUAAAAGAAAAUGUAUCAUUUUUAGCCGACGUUUUUGAAAAUACUUUCUCACUUCAAAGUACUAUAAAUUAUGUUAAGGACUAUGUAUCUGAAAUACAGUCGAAACCGGCCACCGGAAGUAAAAGAACAGCAUCCCAGAUUAAUAAGAUUUGUUCACAGUCACUAAGAAAUAAUUUGAACCUAAGUUUAAGUAACAAGCACGUGUUGUCGCAGUUAACAGACAAUAAUAAGUCCUUUACGAAAAAAUUAAAAAACUGGGGUCUGCCUAGUGAAAUAUGUAGAAAAUAUGAAGAAAAAGGUAUUGUUGAAAUGUUCGAUUGGCAAGUUGAAUGUCUCAGCAAUCCGAAAGUGCUUAUAGAUUGUCAAAAUCUAUUAUAUUCAGCACCAACAUCUGCUGGUAAGACACUUGUUGCUGAAUUAUUAACCAUUAAGACUGUUCUGGAAAGACAAAAAAAAGUCAUAAUCAUAUUACCCUUUGUAUCAAUUGUGAGGGAGAAAAUGUUUUAUUUGCAAGACAUUUUAUCUAGUUCAGGUAUCAGGGUAGAAGGAUUCAUGGGCUCCCAAUCUCCACCUGGUGGUUUACAGGCAGUACACAUUGCGAUAUGUACGAUUGAAAAAGCGAAUAGUUUAAUCAAUAAACUUUUAGAUGAAGGAAAUAUAUCAGAAUUGGGUGCUGUAGUUGUUGAUGAAUUACAUUUACUUGGAGAUCCACAUAGAGGAUAUAUUCUGGAGCUUCUUUUAACUAAAAUUAAAUAUACAGUAUCAAAAUUAAAUGAUCUAUCAAUACAAAUAAUUGGAAUGUCUGCAACUUUACCAAAUUUAAAAAUGUUGGCAGAUUGGUUGGAAGCACAUUUAUUUAUAACAGAAUUUCGCCCCAUACCUCUAAUUGAGUCAUGUUUGAUUGGAGACAAGUAUUAUAAUAAAAAAGGUGAACACAUAGGCAUGCUGUGUAAGUCAAAUUUAAAAGAAAUUGAUGAUGAUAGUGUCCUUCUGAUUUGUUUAGAAACAAUUAAAAGUAGUUGUUCUGUUCUUAUAUUUUGUAUGACCAAGAAUAGAUGUGAGAACUUAGCACAGAGCAUUGCAUCAUCAUUCUUUAAAUUGGGGUGCAUGAAUAAUGAACAAGGCAUGAUUUUAAGAGAACAAUUAAAGACUUCAAGUAUUCUUGAAGUUUUAGAACAAUUGAAAGGGUGUCCUGUUGGCUUGGAUCCAGUGUUAAAAAAUAUUAUCUCAUUCGGAGUUGCAUAUCAUCAUGCUGGGCUUACAUUUGAUGAAAGGGACAUAAUAGAAGGGGCAUUCAAAUCUGGUGCUGUAAGAGUACUGGUUGCUACAUCCACUCUAAGUUCAGGUGUUAAUUUACCUGCUAGGAAAGUCAUCAUCAGAUGUCCUGUGUUCCAGAAGCAACCAAUUAAUAUAUUGACUUAUAAACAAAUGAUAGGCAGAGCUGGGCGUAUGGGAAAAGAUACAAAAGGAGAAAGUAUUCUUAUAUGCACUUCAAAUGAACAAAAAAUUGGAUUUGAUUUGAUGAUGGGGGAUCUGGAUCCUGUCAAAAGUUGCAUAGAGACAGAAGAUAAAUUUAUGAGAGCUGUAUUAGAAAUGAUUGCUAGUCAAGAUGUUUGUACAGAAGAACAGUUAGAUUUGUACUCUAAGAGUACAUUAUUAUUUAGCCAACAAAGUCUCCAUCCAUCCCAAAACUUUUUAUUAAAUGACACUUUAAAAGAACUCAUCAAUUAUGAACUUGUGAGAAUACAAAAAGAUGGAGAAGAAAUAAGAUAUGUAGCUACUUCAUUGGGAAAAGCCUGUUUGUCAUCAUCCAUGUCACCAAAUGAUGGAUUAUCACUGUUUUGUGAGUUACAAAAAGCUCGACAAUGUUUAGUCUUAGAAACAGACCUACAUCUUAUUUAUUUAGUGACGCCUUAUAGUGUCAGCAAUCAAUGGAAUAAUAUAGAUUGGUUACAUUUGCUCACUCUGUGGGAAAAUCUUACAUCCGCUAUGAAAAGAGUUGGCGAACUUGUUGGUGUCCAAGAGAGUUUUAUAAUUCGUUGCUUAAGGGGAACAAACAAAAAUAAUAAUAACCAAAAUAAACUUAAUAUACAUAAGAGAUUCUAUACAGCACUAGCAUUACAGGAUUUAGUGAAUGAAGUACCACUUUCUGAAGUUGCUGGUAAAUUUCAGUGUGCUAGAGGUUUUUUACAAGGUUUACAGCAGGCUUCCGCUACAUUUGCAGAGUUAUUAGAGCUCAUGAAGCUAUCCUCUUUAAAUGGCGUUCGAGCGAGAACUUUAUUUAAUGCGGGUUUCGAAACUAUUGCAAGCAUUGCAUCAGCUGAGGUGAAUGUUAUUGAAAACGCACUUCAUAAAUCAGUACCAUUCCAAAGUGAAAAACAAAGAGACGAAGAUGAUUUGAACGAUUUAAGAAAAAGAAAUAAAAUAAAGAAUAUAUGGAUAACAGGUUAUUGUGGUAUGACUGCCCAAGAAGCAGCAGAGAAGUUGAUAAUAGAAGCUAGGAAUUAUUUAGUGCAAGAGAUAGGAGUAACAGAAAUUAAAUGGAAAGAUACAAGAUCGGAAAAGGAUAUAUUAGGAAAAAAUGAGAUCGAUCUGCAACAAAAUAAUAUUGAACCGAAUACGAACGGAGAUGUUGAAACAAAUGGUAAAGAUAUAAUAGACACAGAAAAUAAAUCAAUAUUCGAACCCGAAAAUUUAAAGUUACUUGAUAAAAAAAUGAAUAAGGAACUUAGUAUUAUAAAUUCCUCAAAGAGAGAAAAUGGGGAAAAUGAUAGUAUUAAUGAGAAUAAUAUUUUGUAUAAACAAGAAUUAGGUCUUAAUCAUAGAAACAUAGGUUAUAAUGGAAGUAUUAAAAGUAAUAAAGAAACAGAAACACAAGGAAAUAUAAAUAAUAAUGACUUAAAAAUCGUUGAAGAAAUAUCUCAGUCUGAUCAAAAAAUUACAACUAAUAACAGCGUGACUUCUGGUAGCACUAAAUGCCUUAAAAUCGGACAAAAUAAGAAAGAAUGCGAGUUAAAAAUUAAUGAAGUAAAUAUUAAUAAUUUAAAUAGCAGUCCUGGUUCCAAAGACGAAAUGGAAUGGGUUUCUUUAAAUCUAACCGGAAUAGUCUUGGACAAUAUGUCUAAGCUUAAUUCAGAUAACAUUAUUCCUAUAGAUACUUCUGAUAAAGUUAAUGAGCUUAAACACAAUGAAAGCACAGCAAGUGACGUGGCGCUAACAAAAAGUGGGUCUUCCAAAGAUGUUAGCCUUUUUUCUUCAGAUGGUGAUGAUUCCAGUCUCUUUGAAGAUAGCUUCCCAGCAGAUUUGCCGUCCACUAUUAUAGAUAAAUUAAACAAUGACAGCUCCGUAAAUCCAAAAAAUGGUGUUGUUAAUCCUAAUUCCACUGCGAAUGCAUUUAGUUCAAUAUUUGAUAUAGACGAGGAUGAAGAUAUUAAAUUAGUGUAUGAAGAUGAGAAAAAAUGCAGCGAAGACAAUGACAUAAACAUAUCGCAGAAUGAAAUAAUAAUAGACACUCAAGAUAUGAAUGAGACUAUUAUUAAACAUCAUUUUAUAAGUCCACGUAAACGUCGUGCUAACACCGAUAAGACAUCAGCAAAGAGAUCGAAGUUACAAAGAAAGUUAUAUAGCAACCGUUCAGUUGAAGAAAUGCAGAUCAAAAACAAAACAACAAGAUCUGAGGAGUUUUUGUUAAAUAUUAAUAACACUAAGAUAACUUGUAAAGUUUCACGAGACGAAGAUAUAGUUAUGAGUUUGUUACAUAUUAAUAAAGCGAAAAGAGCUUCCAUUAUACUGGACAUGAACUCAACAUCAAAAACUAAUUGCAAUAUUGGAAAUAAAAUUUUCGAAAACGAGAUUGAAUUACACAAAUAUGAAUUACCCUUUAAAGGAAUUGCGUUUUGCUUAAGAGAUGAUUCGUGUUUUUAUAUAGAUUUAAUUGAUAUGGGAGAAAACGAGCAGAUAUUUAAAAAGAAGAUGAUAGAAAUUCUAUCAAAUGAUUCCCUUCAAUUGGAUAUGCUGUCUAUAAAGACAUAUUACGUUGAAAUCAAGAAAUAUUUUGGAGUUAAUUUGUCUUAUUGUAACGACGUUUCUUUAGCUGAGUGGCUUCUAGAUAGUGAGGAGAAAAUAUCGACAAUCGCUGAUCUGACGUUCAAGUACUGUGAUCUAGAUUUACAGAAGAUGGAAAUAAAAAUUGACGACCAGAUGAAAAGUUACAAAUCAUUGAACAUGUAUGAGAUGAGUUGUCUAAGGGCGUGGUGUUUAAGAAACAUAGUAAAACAACAGGAGAAAAAAAUAUCCCAAGAAACGUUAGCCAUGGAGAAGAUAUUAAAUACAGAAAUCCAAGUUUGUAAGAUCCUCGGGGAUUGCGAGUAUCACGGCAUUACCGUGGAUAAAGAUCUAGUGUCGAGAUUUUUGAUUGAUGUGAAAAAUUCUCAAGAGAUCUUACAGAAGAAGGCGUUUAAGAUAUGCGGGUACCAUUUUAAUUUCAACUCGUCCAAAGAUGUAGCUAAGGUUUUAGGACUUUACAAGGGUCGUAAGAUCAGUACUAGGAAGAGCGUUCUAUCUGCACACAAUAGUCCUAUGUCCAGUAUUAUAAUAUACUGGCGGAAACUCAACUCAAUACUCACUAAGAGCCUUUAUCCCAUCACUGAACAAGCAUGUGUAUACACUGAAGAUAAUAGGAUAUCUCCGUCUUAUACCAUGUACACAUGCACGGGUCGCGUUAGCAUGCACGAGCCGAAUUUGCAAAACUUACCGCGGAAAUUCACGAUACCGUCAAACUAUUUAUGCGAUAAUGAAUCUUGUGGGGACGUAAUAGAGUUCAAUUGUAGGAAGAUAUUUAAAGCAGCGCCCGGUUACGUUUUCAUAUCGGCUGAUUACUGCCAGUUGGAAAUGAGGAUUCUGACACACUUUUCCAAGGACGUCACUCUAACUAGGAUAAUGGGUUCGGAUGUUGACGUUUUUAAAUCUAUAGCAGCGUCUUGGAGCGGUGUUCCCGAGAAUGAGGUGGACGACGAUUUACGUCAUAAAGCAAAGCAACUUUGUUACGGAAUAUUAUACGGAAUGGGUAACAGGACUCUGUCUCAACAUUUAAACGUAACGGAAUUAGAGGCUGCGUAUUUCAUGGAUAUGUUUUAUAAGACGUAUCCGUCUAUAAAGGUUUUUACAGCGAGCCUGAUAGAGGAGUGUCGGAAGAAAGGUUACGUUGAGACUUUGAUGAAGAGGAGGAGAUAUCUUCCUCAUAUCAAUAGUAGUGUUCCUGCAAAGAGAAGUGCAGCUGAAAGGCAAGCUGUUAACACGACCAUCCAGGGAUCAGCUGCUGAUAUAGCUAAGUCAGCGAUGUGUUCCAUACAACAAGCAUCUUCAUCACGACUUAUAUUACAAAUGCACGAUGAACUCAUAUAUGAAGUACCGAUCAUUAAUAAACAAGACUUUAUAAUUACUUUAAAGAAAUCUAUGGAAAACACCGUCCGUCUAAACGUACCUUUACCGGUCAAAAUAAAGUGUGGUCAAACCUGGGGUACGAUGGAGGAUAUCAAAUAA